AUGUCGGACAAGAAGCAUAAGGAGCGCAAGCUCCAGCUCAAAUGGCUUACUCUGUACUGGCGGAUCGUCUGGGGCCUGGUCCUCCUGGUCUUCCUAGUGCUCCUCACAGUCCUGAUUGUGUGGCUGGUCCUCCGGCCCACCAAGCCCAAGUUCUACCUCCAGGAUGCCUCCGUCACCUUCUUCAACGCCUCCAGCGAGUUCCCCAACCUGAUCUCCGUGAGCAUCCAGGUCGUCAUCUCCACCCGCAACCCCAACGGACGCGUCGGCGUCUACUACGACAGGCUCGACGUGUACGCGGCGUACAUGUCGCAGCAGAUCACUCCCGCCACCCCGCUCCCGCCGACGUACCAGGGCCACAAGGACGUGCUCCUUUGGUCGCCGUUUCUCUGCGGCGUGAACGUCCCCAUUGCGCCCUACCUUGCGGCGUCGCUGGCACAGGACAAGAGUGACGGGCUCCUCAUACUGCGGGUGAAGAUCCUCGGCCGGGUCCGCUGGAAGGUCGGCAGCUGGACCUCCAACCGUUAUCGCCUCACAGUCGACUGCCCCGCUCUCCUGAGCUUCUCCGGCGACCGGGCCGUCUCCGGCAACGGGUACUACCCGUCGCCGCUCAUCCGCUUCCAGCGGACCUCCUCGUGCAGCGUCAGCGUCUGA